CCCUUUUACUGGCACCACUGGCACGCUGUGGAGGCGGGGUUUGGUUUCGAGGUUUCUCCACUUUCUCCCGACCGCUUUUGAAGAAAAACAAACAUCUGACUGAAUCUGCACAGCUGCGAAAAUCUUUUCCUUCCAAAUUAUACUUUUCGUCAAGCUUUUCGUUCUCGGUCCUCUGCUUCGGUCUUUGCUUUUAAUUCAUUUGAAAGACAUGCAUAAGCAGCGCAGCAAAUUGUUAGAAAAUGAACGUGGAUGAUCUGCAAGGAAACUGGCAGGCAGAUUUUCUUUUCCACGGAGGACUUUUGGGGCCUGCUGGGACCGUGGAUGACCAAAAAGCGACUUUGGAAAUUUAACAUUCUGGCAAAGUUUCCCUUCGAACCUUGCAUCAUACGCCAUGGAUUUGGUCUACGAAUUUAGUGCUGAUCUAGCCGAAAAUUUGGCCGACAUCGAAUCCCACCAAGGAAAAAUCCUGCUCGUUCAGAAAUACAUCAAACAGCUCCUGAACUCGAAACAAGUCGAACAUUCGCCUGAUUUUCGAGAAGGCCUUGAGUGGUUCAACGUCAGCGAGCCUCUGUCCUUGGAGAAGCAUCUUAAGGACAAACUGGUCCUUCUGGACUUUUUCACCUAUUGCUGCAUCAACUGUCUGCACGUUCUUCCAGAGAUAAAGAGACUGGAGGAAAAGUAUUCGGUCCAGAAAGGCUUAGUUGUGAUUGGGGUCCACAGCGCUAAAUUUGAAGCAGAAAAGCUGUCCAAGAAUGUCGAGGCAGCUGUCCUGCGCCACGAAAUUCACCACCCUGUCGUCAACGAUGGAAUGGUCCUUUGGAAUCAACUUCAGAUUGCUUGCUGGCCUUCACUUGUUCUUAUUGGCCCAGGAAAUAUCCCUCUCUUCAUCCUGAUGGGCGAAGGUCACACAUCCACUCUGGACUUGAUGGUCGAAGCUGCUUUGGAUUUUUUCAAAGACAAAAUAUCAACUGCUAGUGUGCCAGUAAUUUCAGCUCGCCUACAUUUGUCUCCAUCCACUGGACUUUUCUUUCCUGGUCGAGUCGCAGUGCAAGGACGAAAGCUUUUGAUCUCCGAUUCUGGACACCACCGUCUGCUCUUGGUCGAUUCAAAUUCUGGACGAGUGGAGGCUAAAAUCGGCAGUGGAGACUCAGGGCUAACAGAUGGCAAUUUCUUGGAAGCAAAAUUUUUCUUUCCGCAGGGAGUUUUAUUUGCGGACGAAGACAUUGCCUAUGUGGCUGACACGGAAAAUCACGCCAUCCGCAUGGUUGACCUGAAAAAUUGUCAAGUGUCUACAGUGGCUGGAACGGGAAAAAUCGGCAGUGACAGAGUUGGAGGCUCGGUGCUGGCAACGAAGCAGCAACUCAAUUCACCCUGGGGCCUGGCAUUGGAACCUAAAAAGAAACUUCUGUUUAUUGCCAUGGCUGGAAAUCACCAAAUCUGGGGGCUAGCUCUUGAAGAUACCAAAAUUUGGAAAAAGUCUGUGAAAAAAGGAUACUGUGUUGCGCUUGCUGGCAGUGGCAGGGAGGAAAAUCGCAACAACUCAUACCCCCACAUUGCUGCUUUUGCCCAGCCAUCGGGUUUGGCCCUCAGCGGGAAUAAGUCGGACUGCCUGCUAGUGGCAGAUUCGGAGAGCUCUAGCGUAAGGAAAAUUCUUCUUGACGGCGGGGCAGUUUCUGGAGUUGUAGGAGCAGAAAAGAACCCAAAUAACCUGUUUGCCUACGGAGACAAGGAUGGCAAGGGCAUUGAAGCAAAACUUCAGCACCCUAUCGAUGUUUGCUGGAGCUCUCGUCUUAAGUGUGCUGUUGUGGCAGACACUUUUAACAACAAAAUAAAAAAGAUUGAUGUUCAGAAAAAUUCCUGUGAGACCAUUAAUCUUGCUGGAAAUGCAACUAGUCUGAAGGAACCUGGUGGAAUUUGCGCUGAUGAUGCAAAUAAUAGAAUUUUUAUAGCAGACACCAACAAUCACACCAUUAAAACGGUAGAUCUAAGCACAUGGAAACUGGAAGAAUUUCCAAUUGUCUUUUCAACCGAAGUGGACUCUGUGACUCGAUACCUCAAAGUUGAGGAGGCGACGUUGUUGAUUUCUAAUAAAGAAAUGACGCUCAGCUACAAUUUUUUGGUGAAAUUCAAAGGACCUUUGAAGGCAUCAGAAGAUGCUCCACAUUCAUUUCGCAUUUUGGCACCAGACCAUUUGACUGUGGACUCAAAGAAGGGAGAGUUGAAGAUAAGGGAUGAGUGCAGAGAGCUUCACGGGUCAGUCGAAGUGACAUUUCCAUCCUCGGACAAAGACUCCCAGGUUGUGAUAUUACUCAACGUUGUUACGUGUGGUAAUGGUGUUUGCAAAAUGGAAAAUUUGAAAGUCGUGUUCAAUAUUGCCAGAAAAGAAGACGUUCAGCACGAUCGAAGCUUUGAAACUGUAUUCGAGCUUUAAUAACUGGUUGAAACUAUUUUUUACUGCCUGUGCAAGAUAAUAAAAAUAUGCAAAUAACUUUAUUAAUGUAUAUUCAAUAAUAUUUUGGGGAAAAAUAAUAUCUUAUUUGUACUAUAAUAAUUUAUUAGGAUUAAGUAUUUUGAUAAUAAAAGAAAAAUUUA